AUGAAGAUCACUCCUUUCUGGGUCUCUGUCGCCCUAUUAGUUCCACAGGCGCUACCAGUCCUUACCGAAUCCGUACCGAUAUCUGCUACGACCCCUAUCUCUACUGCCGUGGCACCAAGCUGUACAUCCUCCCUCAUCACCAGUCUCUGCAGCUAUCCGGAACCUGGCCCAGAGUUCGCCGCCGCCAGCGACAGCAGGACCUCCUGCUGGAACUACUGUAACGCGCAUCCUCCAUGCACCUUUGUUAUCUUCGCUGCCGGCAACCCUUACACAGGCACCGGCACGUGCUGGUUGUACCCCGGUGAAACCUUCGAUGCGAGCAAAGGUAGUUCGAAUUGCGCCAAUCCCAGCCUGUCCGUAUACAGCGAGCCCGUGUGUGCUGGCGGGAGCGCAACCACCACUGCUGGCGCCUGCGUCGCCACUGCGACUCCCUCUGCUAUCGCCUCGGUCUGCGGAUAUCCGACGCCCGGUGACUGUUUUGACAGCUGUACUGCUAGUUUGAGUGCAUCGAACUGCUUGAGUCAAUGUGCAACGGCCGAUUCCUGCAGCUAUGUCGUCUUUAAUCCGGAGAAUCCAAGCCACUCGCCGUAUGCCUCGGGCAGUUGCUGGAUCUAUCCGAACGGCACAUUUAACGCUGCGUCUGCGACCACUUGUAGUGACGGCCCUGAGCAGUUUGUGUAUAACAACUCGUGUCCCAAGCCAUCAACUUCAUCGUCCUCCCUUUCAUCAUCUGCUACGGAACCCUCUGGUGGCACUGGAACUGCAGGCACUACUCCGAGCUCAACUACUACCGCUACUACGGGCUCACCUACUCCCACCGGGAAUUCUGCGCCUGCUGGCCGCUCGCUCACUAAUCCAUUGACUAUAGGCGUGGCUAUCUUAAUAUGGCAGGCCCUUUAA